AUGGCAGGCGGAGGAUACCACCCAUACAAGGCCGACCCGGCGCUUGACCGAUGGCAGAACAUGCACUCAACCAUGUACCAAAGGUUUCGAUUGACACCUUCGAAUGCACGUAAAGUCUUCCUCUGGGGUCUCACUGUUCCCGUCCUCACUUACUACGCUGCCUCGUACACUGAUGACCGAUGGGAGCUUCGCGGAAAGACUCGACAGGACUCUUUGCUUCGUAACCAACCUGCUGCUCCAGCUGCUAAGGCUGGUGAGGAGUAA